UAUUAUACAAAAAGGAAUAUCGUGAACGUUGUACCAAUUCUCUGCUUUUCUUUCCUCAUUUUGUUAAUUCUUGCGAAUGAGCGCUCUUUAUGAUUCCACCUCCAUCGUGUGUCGUCCUUCGACAGUCGUGUGGCGUCAUCGCUGAAGCCAGUAUCUGUCUGACUAGUCUGACAGUGUCGUAGGAUCAACAAAGAUAACUGAUAGUGACCAGUUGAAUCGAGUCUUGUCUUGUUUGGAUUAUAUAUAUUUUGUUUCUGCGGAUCAGUGCAUUUUUCAAUAGCAAGUGGAGUCAACGAAGUGGUGGAGUCGAAAACUGUUGGGGACCAGUUUGAAUAAAAUUUUCCUUUCCGAGAAAACAUUUUCCAUGGUGACGGCAUCAUGUCGUCAUAGAUUAUUGUUGGUGGAUUUAGUGUUGGCAAAGUGACCGCCGCCAACACAAAAGAUGAUUUGUGCGAGCGCAUUGGUAUGGUGACAUUGGUACAACAGCAGCAGCCAACGCUCGACGGUCAUCAGUGUCAAAAAGAUCAGGACCACGUGGUGAACGAUGGUGCUGUUGUGUCUGCCGAGAAUCACGCAAUCGACAAGUUUCACGGCGAAGCUGCGCACUCGGCGAGAGAAACCGCGGUCGUCGCUCCGGGCAAUGGUAGUGUUGGAGAUUCCUCUACGCAGUGCAGUGACGUAGACGACGAUGAGGAAGAGGAGACGGACGUCGAAGAAGGCGGCAGCUGGAUUACGAAUCUGCCGGUAUCCUCGACUAUCGUUCAGCAACAUCAAGCGGUUGCCACUACAAACGGCGAUGUCGUCCUACCGAAUGCCGAUCCGUCGAAUUUUGGUGAUGUUUGUGUGAAAAACUCAACGAAUGUGCAUCUAGGUAACAAGAUCUUCUACAAGAGUCCGGUUACCAUAAAGCAGUUCGUUUAUACGAAUCCCACUCCCAUCCAGGAUGCGGAUAAAUUCGACGCCAACUGCGCCUCCGACGUUAACAACGUCUCGGAUUUGUCGACGAAUAAGGACAAUAGAGCCGCCAACGGACCCAUUUUUCCGCAAAAUACUGAAUUAGUUAAGGUGACGCAAUGGCUUUGGACGUGGAGAUGUGCGACUUUAUUAUGCGUUCUAGCUUUAAUACUUCUAACUACUAUAGUGGUCACAUCUGUAUAUUUCAUUCAUCAUCCGGACGCACCGGUCUUCCCGCAGAUUCCAGAUUCAUCAGUCGAGGGUGUAACUUCGGUACGCUUUGUCGAGAGAAAUGAAUGGGGUGCGCAGCCGCCCUUGGAACCCCUUAGAAAAAUGAAGCUGCCAGUACCAUAUGUAAUUAUUAGUCACACCGCAACGGACUUCUGUAGUACGCAAUCAGAGUGUACAUUUCACGUGAGAUUUGCUCAGACUUUUCAUAUAGAAUCUAGAAACUGGUCGGAUAUCGCCUACAAUUUUCUUGUCGGAGGCGACGGUCUCGCAUAUGUUGGUAGAAGCUGGGACUAUGUUGGUGCUCAUGCCUUCAAUUUCAACAACAAGAGUAUCGGUAUUUCCUUUAUUGGUACAUUCAUUUCGAUUGUACCACCGAAAUCGCAAUUACAAGCUGCGCAAAAAAUUAUAGAGAUCGGCGUCAAAGCCGGGAAAAUUUCACCAGACUAUAAACUAUUAGGUCACCGACAAGUGUCAACAACUGUGAGUCCAGGAGACGCUUUAUAUAAUGAAAUUAAAAAGUGGCCUCAUUGGUCACCUAAGCCUUAACUCAAUUGUUUGGAAGUUUAAAUCGUGAAUAAAAUACAAUUUUGAAAAUA